AUGGAAACAGAUGUUGUUAAAAACACUGCUCCUCAAACAUCCAUUGCAAGAAAGAGGAGAAAGCUUAUUCUUAAAGCAAAGAGGGAUUAUCGAAACCGUGUCAGAUCAAGCAACCUCACUUCCCAUCUAAAUCAUAAUUUUACAUCUUCUGUAACAUAUGAAACCACUAUUGAAACAGCUAUGGCUAGAAAGAGAAGGAAAAUAAUCUUGGAUAACAGAAAAAGAUUGAGAAAUUUGUUCAAUACUGAAGUUAGUAGGGUUCAAAAUACAAACAACAUUGUUAGUCAAAGUCAGAACAUGGAUCAUGCAUCUACUUCAAAUUAUAAUAUGUCAAGUCAGUCCAUGGAUCAUCCAUCUACCUCAAAUCAUAAUAUGUCUGUUGAAUCUCAUUAUGAGGACAAUAAUGACUCCAACUCUGAGAAUAAUUUAGAAUCUUCUAAUAGUUCCGACUCUGACGAAGAUUCAGACCCGGCACAAUUACAGGAGGCCCAUCUUCAAGAAUAUUACGAUAUUGGCGACCAAAGUUAUGAAUGCGCACACUGCCAAGCAUGUAUGUGGUACCAGGAAAAAGUCAAUAGACACAAAAUUACAGCAACUCCUCGCUUUUAUCGUUGUUGCCGUGGAGGAAAAAUUGUUCUUCCGUUCCUUGAACAACCUCCACAGGUGUUGCAACAUCUUUUAUUUAAUAAAACAUAUCCAGACAGUAAAAACUACCAGGCUAACAUACGAACAUACAACGCAAUGUUCUCAUUCACUUCCCCUGGAAUGAAGUUCGACACAACAUACUCUAAAAGAGGAGGACCCCCUACUUUGAGACUGCAGGGUCAGACCUGUCAUCGAAUUGGUACAUUGCUGCCAGAAAGAGGGCAACCUCCGCAAUAUGCUCAAUUAUACAUCUAUGACACGGACAAUGAAGUUGAACACAGAAUAAAAUGUUUCAAGGACAAUAAAGGCAUCGAGCGACCGGUUGUCAAAAAGCUCAAGAUGAUGUUAGAUGAGAACAAUGUUCAUGCCAAAGCUUUUAGAAUGGCAAGGGAUGUUUUAAGGACAAAUUCUUUCACAGAUUUAAAACUCAGGCUUAUUUCUGAUAGAUCCGAAGAUGGCCGUGUUUACAACAAACCUACGGUCUCAGAAGUGGCUGCACUCAUUGUGGGAGACAUUGAUUCUGCUGAUAAAAGGGACAUCUUAAUUCAGCGCCGCGAUGGUGGUUUGCAGCGAAUAGAUGAGUUUCACCCAGCAUAUUUGGCUUAUCAGUAUCCUCUUAUAUUUCCUUAUGGGGAAGAUGGUUACAGGAAAAAUAUAAUGCACAGAUAUCGCCAUGAAACUGAGGUCACUAAGAGAAACCGUCAAAGCAUUAAGGAUUGGUUUUCUUACCGGUUACAACAACGUCGCAAAGAGGCAAAAACACUACUUUACUCAAGACGCCUAUUUCAACAAUUCUUAGUCGACGGCUAUGCUAUGAUGGAAUCCGAACGACUGAAUUGGUUGAGAGAUAAUCAAUCGAAAUUAAGAGUGGGCAAAUAUAAUAAUUUGGCCGCUCAAACUGAUGGCGAUACAAGAAAUGAACACCAAAAGCGAGGAAAACGAGUUGUUCUUCCAUCAACAUUUGUUGGUAGCAAGAGAUAUAUGGAUCAACAAUAA